AUGACUGAAGGCGUUACCAUCAACAUUGGCUAUCAGCCUGCUACAAGUGCCAAGGGAAGGAAUUACUCAUAUGGACCUGUUGAAGUCAUCGAGAUAGAUGAUCAAGAGGAAGUAAAGGGGUACAAGAAAUGCGUCCACAGGACACGUGACCACGCAAAAAUCAAGACCAUAAAUAACAAGUGGAAGAGACUAGAGGGGUUUGAAGAUGAACUUGACAAGCACGAUUUAAUCGUCGUUUACUUUUGGAAAAGGGAUAGUGAACAUUCAAGACCCUUGAUGAUAAAACUUGGGGAGAGCUACUAUGUGACUGUAAACGCCGUAGAUUGGACCAAAGAAGAUCUCCAUCCCGCCAUUCUCCAGAAUUCUCUCGACAAGGAAAACUGUAGGUGGAACAAGCUCCAUGUAGCAGACAUUGGUCAUAAUCCCCGUGCAAAUACAUCCUACAAUUGUCCCGCAUGCAACGGCUCCAUUAAAACUCUGCUGGAGUACGACUGCACUUACGCAUCCAAAUACAAUUACGUAACCUAUACUCACAUUUCGCCCACAGGAUUUGCGACUGUUCGGAACGGUGAAGUCACGAUAUUUUCUCCCGAUGAUAACGUAAAGAAUAUUCACAUAUACUGGUAUUCCAUUGCAGGAAAUUCUACUCCUCUGCUCUUUUACUACAUGUCACAAGAGUCCAACAGCUGGUUCGUAAGAUACCAUGGAGAUCUCUUUUGGACAUAUUUUGACCAUCCAAGACUCUCUUCAAGAGAAUUCCCAGGAAAGAUAGCCAAGGCACUCGAGAAUCACUCCAUUCCAAAAGUAGAAAUUAGAGCAUCACUAUACGGAGCGUAUUCUCCUACAGGAACGGCGCUGGAAUUUGACGUUGGCGAGAGCCAAGUUCCAGGAUCGGAGUACUAUCGGUUUAAACACACCAUGAGCCCAGAAGGGACGUUUAAGGUAAAGCAGGUUGUCCACAAGGGUGAGAAACUAGAGGACAUAAAGUCCUUUGAUCCUCUACUCAGCGUCUCUGCAUACUACUACGGAAAUGAUCCCAUGGAUAUCUCCAACCUUUUAAUGGUUGAACUAGAAAAGCAGAGUGACAAAGAAAAGAAGUACGUCUAUUUUAGCAAGCCAGUUCUUGCGGCAUGUGAUUGGAGGAAGGACGAAAGGUCCACUUUUCUCAGUGCGGAACAGCUAAAGGAGAAGCUUGACAAAGUCAGAGCCAUACGCAUUUCCGAUUUAAACAACAGGGGAGUGGAAUCUAGUGGUGGCCAUUCUUCUUCACUUCACAUUGGAGCCAUAAUUGGGGGAGUUGUUGGAGCCCUGGUAGCACUUUUAGUUCUUGGAUUCAUCAUACGCAAGGUAAUGGCAAUGCUCAGAUAUCUAUAG